CACCUGUUUGGCUGCAUUUAACAAAUUUGCAGAAAUAGAUUAUUUGCAACCAGGCUCCCGAGCCGAAACAAUGUUUAUUCUGUUUAUUUCUUUUUGGAUUUUUGUUUCGGAGGUGCAAGGCCGUUACUACUUCGUAAUAGCCCCAAACGUGAUAAGAUUUGAACAUGAUGAAACAGUUGUUGUCAGUGUAUUUGGAGAAACAGAUGCAGCUGUCAAACUUUGGAUGGAGCAUGAGGGCAAACAAUUUUCCAUGAAAAAUGUCGUAGUUAAAGACCAAGAAACUCCAACGUAUACGACUGUAAAGGUCCGGCAAGCGGAUAUAUUUGACGAGGUAUUUAACACUGAUGGUUACAAAAAGCCACGCAAAGUCAAAUUAUGUUCGGAAUGGAAAGGAACGCAGCGGUCAAGGGAAAUUAUUCUGAGCUACCAUUCAGGUUACCUGAUCGUACAAACGGACAAACCGAUCUAUACACCUUUACAAAAAGUUAAAGUAAGAACUUUAGCACUUGACGAGUCAUUGAAAGCUAAUGAUGUUUGGCAAGUAGGCAUGGAUGUUAUUAGUCCUUCAAACUUAACCAUGGGAAGAAAGUUGAUAAAGAAUAGCGGUACGGGAUUCUUUCAAAAUGACUUCACCCUUCCGCCUUACCCUGAGAUGGGAAUUUGGACUGCAAGAGCAUUUUAUGAUGGACAGUUUGAGACCGAGUCACACGUCCUUUUUGAAGUUCGCGAAUAUGCUCUUCCGACGUUCGGAGUGACCGUUGAUGUUGACGUUGAGUUCCUCCUACCAACAACGAGGUCGAUAACCGUCACUGUUAAAGCCAAAUAUGUUUACGGCAAGCCUGUCCAGGGAAAUGCAAGACUUAUAUUGAAAUUGAAAGGGGAGAAUAAAGAUAGUGACUUUAUCCUAAAUGUCGACAAAAAAACGCUUGAAAUCGACUGGUUUGGAAGUGUGACAGAGUUUAAUAUUAAAGUUGAUGACAUACUGAACUCCCCGUUGCUUGGAGGCAACCCUUUUCCCUCCAACAAACGCCUAAAAGUGAUUGCAAUGGUUUAUGAAAGUUCUUCGGGAAAGGAGGAAGCGCGAAGUCACGCAGGAACCAUCUUCACAAUGAAUCCAUACGUGUUCAAGUUUACCAAAUCAAAACUGAAUUUCGGGCCAGGUUACGAAUAUCAUUUGCAGGUUGAAGUACAAUAUGUGAACGGAAAACCUGCUACUAACAAAGAACUUAUAGUCAGAAUGAGCGAAAAUGGACAAUUGAAAAAAGAGCAAAACGUGAUAACAAACGACGACGGCCGGGCAACGAGUCUCUUUCAGACGGCUCAGGGCAGAAAUAAAAUUUCAUUCACUGUAUCAACAUCUGACAAUCAAUACGAAAGUGACGUAUUUGAGGUGGCUGCAUACCCUGGAAAAAAUCAAAUCAAAGUUGAACCUGUGAAGACAGAGAGGAACGUGGUGUUGUUGCGGGCUUUUACAAACAUACAUGGGAAUUCUUUCACAGGAAUGCUUUUUAUGAUUAUUUCACGUGGUAAAGUAGUGCAUACAAAAUAUAAAGAAGCAGGAAAACAAGCUAGUGUAGAAAUAACGAGGGAUCUACAAGAACUAGUUUCACCAGAUGCCAGACUACUUGUCUUCUAUGUUGAUAAAUCUACAAACGAGCUUGUGGCUGAUUCUAUUAAGUUUGAGGUUGAAAUGAAAUGCCGCGGUAAAGGUCUGAAGUUAGAGACAGUGAAGAGGGAGGAACAGCCGGGAACCAAAGACAUGUUGACUGUUACUGGAACCCCUUUUAUGCACGUUGGUCUAAAUAUAAUAGAUAAGGCACUCCUAUUACAGAACGAUAAGAAUUUUUUAAGGAAGAACAAGAUGUUUGAGACACUCCAGUCACAUGAUCUGGGUUGCGGAGAAGGUGGAGGGAGAUCAGGAGCUGAUGUGUUCAAGAAAACUGGACUGACCGUGUUGACUAAUUCUUAUUUGGAUGAAAAUCAUAUAAUACGGACCACAGCCGGAUGUAAGGGAAAUACAAGGAAACGUCGUGAUGCCUACGGGCAAUUAGAUGAAAAAAGUGAGUAUUGGGAGGAUAUUGCAAGUUUGAAUGAUGCUGGUAUCCGAAGUUACACACAACCAGAUUACCGAGAAUUUUGGAUGUUUGAUGUCCUCAGUCUAGAUAAAAAUGGUCAGAUGCAAAUCGAGCUCACUGUCCCCUCUAUGACAGAAUGGAGUAUACAGUCUAUUGGUAUUACUGAAAACGAUGGUAUAUGUAUUGCUGACGAAGUCGAUUUAAAGGCUUUCAGAGAUUUUUUCGUUAAACUUGAUCUUCCGCUCAAAGCGACUCGUUUUGAACAAUUCAAUGUAAAAGCAACGAUAUUUAAUUACGGUAUGCCAGGUGAUGAUAAUAAAAUGGUCAGUAUUUACUUGCAAGAAGUGGACAAUCUAUGUUCAAACAGCGACCUAGAGAAAGUCAAAAUUGAGCUCCCGCCAAAUAGCGAGAAAAUUGUAACCUUUCCAGUGAUACCUUUGAAAAGCGAAUUUCAUCAGGUGAAGGUGUCCGCCAUUGUUUUGAACGGUACCCCAGAAGUGGAUGUCAUUGAAAAGAAACUAUACGUUGUAAAUGUGGGUAUAGAAGAAGAAAAUGUGACAAUUGUUGUGUGUUUAGUUCCAAUCAAUCAGACAGAAGAUUGUAAGAAUGAUGUGCGUGUAAUUCAUGUGUCCCAGGUAAGCAGCUACAAACGACAAUACGUAAUAGAUUUGACGCUUCCUAGAAAUACAAUUUCACAAACAGGGGCAGCUACUGCGUAUAUCCAAGGUAUCGGGAAGCCCAAAACGACUAUCAAAGGCGUUGAUUCUUUGUUUCGAGAGUCUAUCGGAUUCGGUGAGCAGACAAUGAAACGGCUUGCUACAAAUGUAUACGCCCUAACUUAUUUGAAGAAAACACAACAAGAGACAGAUGAAAUAGAAGCAAAGGGAUUUCAAUGGAUUAGAGAAGGUGUAAGGAAACAGAUUUCCGAAUUCAGACAAAUCGACGGAUCAUACGCAAUCAUGCGUAGCCGACCGCCUAGCACUUGGCUCACGACAUUUGUUGCAAAGGUAUUUUGUCAAGCUAACAAGGCUAUAGAUGAUGCUGUUGUCAAAGAGAAAUAUAUCAAACGUACCUUUAAUUGGCUUAAAUAUAACAUGAAUGCUGAUGGAUUGUUUACUGACAAUAUGCCAGUAUUAGACCGAGAAAUGAUGGGACAAAUCAACGUAAGAGAUCUAUCCUUAACAGCCUACGUACUGAUUGCUUUACGGGAAUGUGGCAGUAAAUAUGAUACAGUUAGCGCAAGCUUUGACAGGUCAGUGCAUUACAUUGAGAGUUUACCGGAAAGCAAUUUGAAGAACAACCCAUAUCUUUUGGCAAUAACUACAUAUGCUUUAGCAUUGUCCGGCAGCACAAAAACAUACACGUUUGUGAAAUACUUAAAAGAAAUAAAGAGAAUUGAUAGGGAGGGUACAUUCUGGGGAAACUCGGGAGGUAAAACAGCAAACGCCAAUUCUGUAGAAACAACUGCAUACGCUCUACUUGCUUUGUUACAAUACGGGGACAUUAAAACAAGUUCAUCAAUUGUAAGUUGGCUUACCUCUCAACGAAAUGCUACAGGAUCAUUCAGAACAACACAGGAUACAGUGGUUGGCUUGCAAGCAUUGUCUCAGUAUGAAAUCGAUACCAAAUCUCAUGAUUUUAGCCUCAAUGUUACAUUGGUAGCAGACAACUGGGUUGGUAAAGAAAGACAAAUUAUUACAGAAAAUGGUACUGUUCAGCACAUUGUAGAAAAUUUCCUUGUCGAGACCAAAGUUAAUAAACUUUCAGUAAUAGUUGAGGGUAGCGGACGUGCGAUUAUUUCAAUUGAUCUUCGUUAUAACAGGCCAGCCACCACUGAAGAAGACACGUGUCCAUUUAACAUAACUGAUAUUGAUAUUCAAGACGUCGAAGAUGUACCAAUUGAUGCAAAUUGGACACAGGAAAGAAACUGUGAUGUGUGUGGCCGUUGUGAUCAGGGUGAUAGCAACAAUACAGAUAUCUACGACAGCGAUUAUUUUGGAGAUGCACCAGUAAGGGAUCCUAAGACAGGAAGUAUUUUUGGAAAAAAGAAAAGAGCCGCAGGUAGUCGUCGUAUCCGUGAGACAACUCAGGAAAGAUGCAUUCGUUUCAGUAUAAGCUCUAAGAAUAAUAAAAAAUAUGGUAUGUCUAUUGUGAAGUUUGGGCUAGAGACAGGUGUCGAAGUGAUAAAGUCUGAUAUAGAAAAGCUCGUUAAAGAGAACAACAUAAUCAUUGCAAAUUACGAAAUGCUGUCUGAUGGUAAAGGUUUUAUUGUGUUUUACUUACACGAGAUUUCUUCAAGCAAGACAUAUUUUGUAUUCCGAUUAAAGGAUAACUUUGAUGGAGAAAUAAGUUCAAGACAAUCAUCUUCAGUUUAUGUUUACGACUACUACAACCCAGAUAAGCAUUGUACUCAGUUUUAUGGCACUGGCCCAAAUAAAGAUAGGAGUGUCUCGUACCAAUGCGGGAAAGAUAUGAAGGAGUGUACAUGCUUAAACAGUAUGUGUCUUCAACCGAUGGAAACUCAAAUUGAAAUGGUAAUCAAGAGAGAGAGACCUUUUAUGAAAUUGUACCAACACGCAUGUAACGAGGAUAAAGCAAACUAUGCUGUACGCGUAAGAGUAGACGAGGUUACAUAUGAUGUCGACAGCCAAGAUAAAAUUGCAAGAGGCACUGUGAUAAAGGUAAUCAAUCAAGGGAUAGAGGAUCUUGUACCAGGCGACAACAUGCAAUUUUUCUGGAAGUACUCAUGUCAAUUCCCAGCAUUGGAAGAAGAAAAAACUUACAUAAUAAUAGGCAAAGAAGGCAAUGAAGUUAUCGAUGAUGGAGGACAAAUUUUCCGGUAUCCAUUAAUGGGAACAGCAUUAGUGAUGGAGUAUAUAAGCCCACAGCAGUUUGGGAAAUUUAGUAGGAUAUAUAAAACACUUUACACGGUCCUGUCCGAUUUCGAAAUCCUGAUGUCAGCCAGAGGUGGUUGUUAAUACUACAAAGAAUUUGUCGACUUUUUAUUAAAGAUUAAGUGUUAAAAUGUAUCAGUGUUUCGAGUAUUGAGAUAAAACAAGACAAUUAAGUGUUUUUCGUGGGUGAUUGUUUUUGUUUGUUUUUUGUCACUGACUUCGCAAUGUUUUAUUGCAUUUUAACAAGAAGACAUUCUUUGCUUUGUUGUAGAAAUACACGGUCUAGGUAAAAGAGCUUGCCAAUUUUAAUUAUUAAUAAUUAACAUUUUGAUUCGAGUUGCAUUGGCUUAAAAAUAUGUUUGGUUAACAGCAUAAAUAAAAUGAUCGUAUAUAGGUCAUUCUAUAUUUUCAAUUUCUGCAAACUGAUAAUAAAUUAAUGGCCACAUUUUCCUUGACACUUAGUGACAUUUAGUGGCUUAGUCUUGUCCACAUUAUCCUAAACCUCUGAAUUCCGGAAAACUCUGAAAUCUGAACUUUUUGACAAGACCCAUGGGUGUUCGGUUUUCAGAAGUUACACUGUAUAAAGAAAAUUCUUAAAAUAGUAAAACAUGAGGGUCAAUAGAGGAUUGUCUUGUUAGCAUAAUUUGGAAAACGCAUUCUGCUGUUGGCAAGUACUUGCAUAAUUUUUAUUCCCGUCACUCCUGUAACGGGUAUUGUAUGAAUAGCACAUGGAUUUUAAUAGUAAAAAUAUCCUCAAGACUAAAAUACUAUUACCGAGAGUAACAGAAUUUUACGAGGGAUGAUUGUUUUACUGGUACUCACAAACCCAUGUGUUAUUCAUUGUAUUACCCCUAAAAAAAUACUGUGAUGAUCUGAAAUUGUCAACUAAAUCCAACUGUAACGAAAUUAAACCAAGAGUAACAAUAACUAAACUGUCAUGACCUUGCAAGUUUUAAGUGUUCUGUACUGUAGGCAUACUUGAGAACAUUUUCCCUUUAUAUUUCAGCAAGUGAUGAUAUCUACUAGUCAUAAACAUACUAUAAGCUGUGUUUUAUUUGGAAAAAAAACCACUAACCCAUGUAUACGCGGACAGUCCGGGCGGGACAGGUCUGUAGCGCUCUUAAGGUCCUGUCACACUAGACUGCGCUUUCACUGCGUUUGCACGGCGUUGUUAAAUUUGUCAUCGCAAGAACAGUUUGAUAAUUUUGAUGACAUGGAGACUUCAUGGCGUCCUCACGGCAAUCAUGGCGUUGCUUCGGAGCUUCCACGGCGUUGUAAUGCGUUCUUACGGCGUUUUCAUUGGCGAUUGUCUGUGUUUGAAUUGCGCUCCUACUGGAUUCUUUGCGCUUCCUCUGCGCUCUCACAGCGCUCACACGGCGCUAUUGUGACGCUCAUACUGCGCUGAAAUCGUGCUUUACAUACAAGCGAUUACUCAUUCUGAAAAGUUGUGUACCUGUUGCAUCUGCAUGAAAUCAGGCAAUAUUCCAGCUUUCUUCCGUUCAUCAUCAAGGGUUAAAAUGAUAUUCACGUUCUAUAAAUACAGUGACAACCCUCAAUGAAGACCACAAUAGGGACUGUUGUAAAGUGGUCUUGAUUGUGCCUGGUCUUAAUUGAGGAUAUAAUUAAUUAUCAAGGCAUAUCUAUUUCAUCACCACUCUAUUUGAAUUAACCUAAUAUAUUCAUAUAUUACUAUAAACCGAUGUUAUAAUAUUUAUUAAUCCCGAUUAAAACUUUAAUCUGACAAUAUUCAAUGUAUAAAUAAUAUUUUUUAAUAUGUCUUAUUUCAUGUACAUAAUUUACCUAUUAAUUAAGAAAAUAAUUCGUCACACAAAAUGUGCAGAAAGUAACAUUUAACCAAUCUGACGUUUAUUGUCUUACCUUUAUACAAUAUUCUAAUCAUAAGAGUUUUAACACAUUCUUUCAAAUGCCAUGCAUUAAAAAGCUUGUUAUCUGAAUAGGUAUUUACUAGAAUAUCAGUUGUCCCAACAGUGGGGUUGGAUAAAUAAAACAAUGAAUUGGGACUAAAGCUGGUGGUCUUAAAUGAUGACAAGUGGGGAUGUCUUAAUUGCGGAUGAUGUAACCAUUGACAUUUAAACAGAAAAUUCCGUUCUUUUAAAACGUGUCUACAUAGAGGGCUUGUCUUAAUUCUGAGUUGGUCUUAAGUAGUGAUUCUACUGUACCGUAUUCUGCUAUUUCAGAUGAACGCAUUAGAAUCGUUUUGAGUUCGCAAUGGUCGCCGUGACAGUGCCGUAGAGCGUUUUAGAAAAAGAAGCUCCGUAAAAGCGCCGAACACACGCAGUAUAAACGCGAUAGAGACGCCGCACAAUCUCCAUACAAACGGCGUGGCUAAGUACGGCGUUUAUUCGUCGUUCCUUCUGCGCUUUCACGGCGCUCCUUUUGCGUUGUACGAGAUGUUACUUGAUUGCUACGGCGUCCUAACUGCGAUCCCACAGCGCUCUUUUCAGAACGCCGAGUGACGGCGUUUGUUUUGAGCAUGUUCAAAAUGCGCGCCGUUGGCCGGCGUUCUAUGCGAUGCCACUGCGAUGCUAUGGCGAUAGUGCAGCGAUGUUUGCGAUCAUACUGCGCUCACCUCGUCGUUCUGAAUGUUCUUUGGAGAACGUGAGAACGCCGCCCUAGUGUGACAGGGGUUUAGAUAAGAUGUACGACGCGUAUCAAUUCAAAUGAAAACAAAUUAAAAGUAAAUGAA